GGUUUCCCUCGCUGCUGGAGGAGCGAGACGAGGCUCUCAGUCAGCCUUUGCUUUCCAUUUGUGAUCCUGACGGACCAGUGCAGAUUAAUUAAUGAGCUGCUGACUGUGUCUGUGUAAACAUGAAGAUCAGGCUGUCUUUGGCUGCCGCUGCACUCUUUACUAUAUUACUGAAUUCAGUAGAGGCUCAAGUGGAGCCUCCUUCAGACUUGAAAUUUAAAAUCUUAAAUGAAAACACAGUGCAUAUGUCAUGGAGGAGGCCUUCGUCUCAGAUACAGGGCUACAGAAUACAAGUCAUAUCAGAUACAGAUUAUUUGAAAGAUUUCAGUCUUCCUGCCUCGGUCACAAACACAUCAAUCACGGAUUUAACUCCAGAUGUAGACUAUUCAGUGUCUAUCAAUUCAUAUGAUGGUGCGGAAGAAAGUAUCCCUAUCCUUGGACAAAUAACAAUUCAAUCCAGCAACACAAGUGGAACAAAGAGGCCACCGUCAGAGGCUGUCAAGUGUUCAGUGAGUGCUAUCGCGGAUCUGGUUUUCCUGGUGGAUGGCUCUUGGAGCGUGGGAAGAGAAAACUUUAAAUUCAUCCGGAGUUUCAUUGGGGCCAUGGCGGGAGCUUUUGACAUUGGAGAGGAUAAGACCAGAGUGGCUGUGGUGCAGUACAGCUCAGAUACCAGGACAGAGUUCAACCUGAACCAGUAUUACAGGCGGCCUGAUGUCCUGCGAGCCAUUAAAAAUCUGCCCUACAAGGGUGGUAACACCAUGACAGGUGAUGCAAUGGACUAUCUGGUGAAAAACACUUUCACUGCGGCGGCUGGAGCCAGGAAAGGCUUUCCAAAAGUAGCCAUGAUCAUCACGGAUGGAAAGUCACAAGACCCAGUAGGGGAGUACGCAGAACGCCUGAGGAACAUUGGAGUAGAGAUCUUUGUCCUGGGUAUCAAAGGAGCAGAUGAGGAUGAGUUAAAGGAGAUAGCCUCCACUCCCCACAGCAAGCAUAUCUAUAAUGUCCCAAACUUCGACAUGAUCAAUCAGUUGCAGCUGGAGCUCAUCACGCAGGUGUGCUCUGGUGUGGAGGAGCAGCUAAAUUUGCUUGCAAGCGGAGAGGAAGUUGUUGAACCAGCUUCAGACCUCAGAGUAACUGACGUCUCCUCCAAAUCCAUGAGAAUUAGGUGGGAUUCGUCUCCUGGUGACAUCACAGGCUAUAAGCUGCAGGUCUUCCCCAUGAUUGCUGGCGCCAAGAAGCAGGAGCUCUACACAGGGCCCACAUUCACCGUGGCCAAUGUCAGAGACCUGUCUCCUGAGACAGAGUAUGAGAUCAGUCUGUUUGCCCUCAAAGGUCUGACUCCUAGUAAGCCACAAGUUGUCAACGAGAAAACACAGCCUGUGAAGGUGUCUACAGAGUGCUCCCAAGAGGUCGAGGUCCAAGCUGAUAUUGUCCUCCUGGUCGAUGGCUCGUACAGUAUAGGACUGUCUAACUUUGCUAAAGUUAGAGCCUUCCUUGAAGUGCUCGUCAAUUCUUUUGACAUCGGACCCAACAAAGUGCAGAUCAGCUUGGUUCAGUACAGCCGGGAUCCACACACUGAGUUUGCCCUGAACAAGCACGAUGACAAUGCAGCUGUGCUCAAUGCAGUCCGCACCUUCCCCUACCGUGGAGGCUCCACCAACACUGGCAAGGCCAUGACCUACGUAAGGGAAAAGAUCUUCAUUCCAGCCCGUGGCGCUCGUGAUAACGUGCCCCGAGUCAUGGUGCUCAUCACAGAUGGUAAAUCCUCGGAUUCUUUCAAAAACCCUGCCAACAAACUAAGGGAUGCAGACGUGGAGAUUUUCGCCGUGGGAGUCAAGGACGCCGUGCGCUCCGAGCUGGAGGCGAUUGCCAACGCACCUGCUGAUAACCAUGUGUUUGAGGUGGAAGACUUUGAUUCCUUUCAGCGGAUCUCCAAGGAACUAACCACAUCCAUCUGUCUAAGAAUUGAGCAGGAGCUCCAUAACAUCAAGAAAAGAAGUUUGGUUCCACCAAAGUCGCUAAGCUUCUCUGAGGUCACCUCCAGAAGCUUCAGGACCUCGUGGAUUUCUGACGGAGAGGAUGUCCUGUCUUUUCUGGUGCGUUUCAGGCCAGCGGCUGACGUAACUGGAGACUACAUCUCUUUGGUGGUUCCUCCUGACACCACCACUACGAUUUUGCCCAAUCUCACGCCCCUGACCACUUACGAGGUUAAUGUCAUCGCCCAGUAUGAUAAAGGAGACAGUUUUCCUUUGACAGGCGAGGAGACGACUUUAGAAGAAUUAGGCUCUGUCCGUAACCUCGUGGUGAGUGAUGAGACCGUAGACAGCUUCCGCGUGUCGUGGAGAGCCGCUCCAGGAGCAGUGCUGAGGUACAGACUGUUGUAUGAGCCAGUGGGUGGAGGAGAUAAACUGGAAGCACAGACUGAUGGGAGUCAGGUCACCAUUGUGCUCCACGAACUGCUACCCGUCACCACUUACCGUGUCACAGUGUACCCCGAGUAUGCAAGUGGAAUGGGUCCCUCCAUGGACACUGAGGGCACCACCAAAGAAGUCCGGGGCUCUCCACGUGACCUGAGGGUCUUCAACGAGACCGUGUCCAGCAUGAGGGUCUCAUGGCGGGCCGCUCCAGGCAAUGUGCUGCAAUAUCAAGUGGCCUACAAACCUGAUGGUGGGGAAAGAAAAGAAAUGUUUGUUAAAGGAGACGCAACAACGGCUUUGCUGAGAAAUCUGUCACCAGACACCGAGUAUGAGAUCUUCGUUAGUGCCCGUUACACCUCUGGCCUCGGAGCGCCACUGAUGGGAACAGGCACUACUCUGGAAGAACUCGGCUCACCUACGAAUCUGGUUACUUCAGAUGUCACUGAGAGCAGUUUUGUGGCAUCCUGGACUGCCGCCCCUGGCAACGUCCGCCUUUAUCGGGUCACCUGGAAAUCCCUCUUUUCAGAGGAAGCUGGCGAGAAAACCGUCCCCGGGGACAUAACCACCACUGUUCUGGACGGACUGACUCCGGAGACCCGCUACAAGGUUUCUGUCUACGCUGCCUACAGCAGUAAGGAGGGAGAGCCACUCCAUGGAGAGGAGACCACAGAUGUGUCAGCCGCUGCCAGAGUUCUUACGGUUUCAGAAGAAACAGAGAGGACCAUACGAGUAACAUGGCAGCCAGCACCUGGCAAUGUUGUCAAUUAUAGGUGGUCAGUGAGUGUGUUUGGUAUGUUUGAUGGAGGAGAGAGUAUGCCACUGGCUGGAGAGGAGAAGACCACCCUCUCUGACGCCCCUGAACCCCCACCCUUUGAUAUUUCAGAGGUAAUGUGCAAAACCACAGCCCAGGCCGAUAUCAUCCUGCUUGUUGAUGGAUCUUGGAGCAUUGGUCGUCUGAACUUCAAGACUAUAAGGUCUUUCAUUGCUCGCAUGGUGGGUGUCUUUGACAUCGGGCCGGAUCGUGUCCAGAUCGGUCUGGCACAAUACAGUGGAGACCCAAAGACUGAGUGGCACCUAAACUCUCACAGGACCAGAAAAGAGCUGCUGGAUGCCGUGGCCAAUCUACCCUACAAAGGAGGAAACACUCUGACUGGCCUUGCUUUAAACUACAUCCUUCAGAACAAUUUCAAGGCUAAUGUUGGAAUGCGUCCGAACUCUCGGAAGAUCGGCGUCCUGGUUACUGAUGGCAAGUCUCAGGAUGACAUCAUGGUCAACUCUCAGAACCUACGCGACCAGGGCAUUGAGCUGUAUGCCAUUGGUGUGAAGAACGCAGAUGAGAAUGAGCUGAGAUCCAUUGCUUCAGAUCCCGAUGACAUCCACAUGUACAAUGUGGCUGACUUCUCCUUCCUGCUGGACAUCGUGGACGACCUGACAAACAACCUAUGUAACAGUGUCAAGGGUCCAGGAGGAGGUCCCGAGCCACCCACUGAUCUAACGACCUCAGAAGUGACCCAUUACUCCUUCCGCGCCACCUGGGUUGCCCCUGAUGGACCCGUGGAGAAGUACAGAAUAGAGUAUGUGAGCAUCGCAGGAGGAGAACCACAAAAGUUGCUUGUCGACGGGACGGUGACGACUGUGGUCUUGGAGAAUCUCACUCCGCUGACGGAGUACAUCGUGAAGGUUCACUCAGUGGUGGGAGAGGACAGCAGCGACCCCCUCAAAGGCUCAGAGACGACAUUGCCUAUUCCUCCGUCCGGUGAGUUGAGGAUCACAGACGUUACCCACAGCACCAUGCAGCUGGACUGGGAUCCAUCGCCCGGUGCCGUUCGUAAAUACAUAAUCACUUACAAGCCAGAGGAUGGAGAGUCGAAGGAGUCACAGAUGCGUGUGAAAGGAACAGUUACUGACGUCCAGCUGAAGAAACUUCGUCCCAACACGGCCUUCAGAGUUUCCGUCUUCGCCCUGUUCGGCGAUUUUGCCAGUGAACCUCUCUCUGAUCGGGGGGUGACCCUGCCUAUUCCUCCGUCCGGUGAGUUGAGGAUCACAGACGUUACCCACAGCACCAUGCAGCUGGACUGGGAUCCAUCGCCCGGUGCCGUUCGUAAAUACAUAAUCACUUACAAGCCAGAGGAUGGAGAGUCGAAGGAGCUUGAAGUUGACGGAGAUGUAAUGUCUAGAGGACUGGAUAAUCUCAUUUCCCAAACGGAAUACGAUGUGGCUGUCACUCCUGUGUAUGAUUCUGGGACCGGAAACCCAAUGCUUAACCAAGCCAUUACAGACGUUGUCCCUGCCCCGAAGAAUUUGAGGUUCUCUCAAGUGACCCAGACCAGUUUCAGGGCUCACUGGGAGCACGGCGCUCCUGAUGUCUCCCUCUACCGCGUCGGCUGGACCAAGAGUGGAGAGAACAACUUUCAAUAUGAUAUCCUGAGCAGCGAGGACACCACUCUCCUUCUGGAGAACCUGGAGCCAGACACCCUCUAUGAUGUUUCUGUCACUGCCAUUUACCCCGAUGAAUCUGAGAGCGAAGAUCUUCUGGGCAGCCAACGCACAUUGUCCAAGGUUAUUACACCCGCUCCUAGUGGACCUCCUCAGAACCUCCAGGUGUUCAAUGCGACUACCACCUCCCUCACCACCAAGUGGGAUCACGCUCCUGGACGAGUGCAGAACUACAGGAUCACCUACGUACCGGUUGCAGGAGGAAGAUCACAGUCGACACAGAUUGGAGGGAAGAAAAACACAGUUAAUCUGCAGAAACUGACUCCAGACACUCCCUACUACAUCACAGUUGCUGCAGUCUAUGCGAAUGGAGAUGCCAAAGACAUUUCUGGCCAAGGAAAGACAUUACCACUGGGCAGUGUGAGAAACCUUCAGGUCACGGACCCCACGGUCAGCACUCUGAAUGUACGCUGGGAGCCGGCUGAAGGGAGCGUACGGCAAUACAGGAUUUACUACCAGACCGUCACAGGGGGCGCAGAAGACAUGGUCCAGGUUCCUGGAAGCACCACCAGUACAGUUCUGAAGAACCUGCAGUCUGAUACUGAGUACACAGUAACAGUGGUGCCAGUAUACGCUCCUGGAGAGGGCAAGCGCAUGUCGGAGAACGGAAAAACCUUGACGCGUACCCCUGCCAAGAACAUCCGGGUUUACAACCCCACCACAAACACCCUGAAUGUGCGCUGGGAGCCGGCCUCCGGAGAUGUGCUGCAGUACCGCGUCGCCUACACCCCCCUCUCUGGAACCCGUUCCGCUCAAUCUGUGCUCGUUCCAGGGAACACCCACACUGCCUUGCUGCAGCAGCUCGAUUCAGACACAGACUAUGCUGUGAGUGUGGUGGCUCUGUAUGCUGACGGCGAGGGCUCCUCUGUGUCAGAUAAUGGAAAAACAAUGCCCCGCGGCGGCCCUAGGAACCUGCGUGUGUAUGAUCCGACCACCAGCACGCUGUCUGUCAGCUGGGAGCAUGCAGAAGGACCCGUGCUGCAGUACCGCAUUGGCUAUGCACCCACCACUGGAGAUCCCAUUGAGGAGUUUACAAGUGUCCCUGGCAACAGGAACUCUGUCAUCUUGCAAAACCUGCAGCCAGACACUCCGUACAACAUCAACGUAGAGGCUAUUUAUCAAGAUGGGCCUGGAGGACAACUGUCUGGAGAUGGAAAAACAUUGGGUCUCUUGGAGCCUCGUAACCUGCGUGUUUCUGAUGAGUGGUACACUCGUUUCCGAGUGUCCUGGGAUCCUGUACCUGCGCGGGUCAACGGUUAUAAUCUGGUCUAUACCCCAGUGGGCACGGAUAACACCAUGGAAGUGUUUGUUGGAGAUGUUACUACACACAUCCUGCACAACCUCCAGCCUGGCACCACGUACGACCUGAAGGUUUACGCUCAGUAUGACGCAGGCGUGAGCGGCGCUCUGGUCGGACAAGGAACCACCUUGUACCUUAAUGUGACUGACCUCACCACAUACAAUGUCGGCUAUGACUCCUUCUGCAUCAGAUGGACGCCUCACCGAGCCGCCACCUCUUACAGGCUAAAACUCAAUCCUUUCAAUUCGGCUAACCGUGGGGCUCAGGAGGUCACUAUCACUGCCGCUGAGAGCCAGUACUGUUUUGAUGGGCUGACGCCAGACGCGCUGUACAACGCCACAGUCUACACACAGACCCCCAACCAGGAGGGGCCCGGAGUCAGUGUCAAAGAGCGCACACUGGUGAAGCCCACCGUAGCCCCAACACCACCUCCAACUCCUCCACCACCACCCACCAUCCCUGCUGCACUCGAGGUGUGCAAAGGAGCCAAGGCUGACCUGGUGUUCCUGAUCGACGGCUCGUGGAGCAUUGGAGAUGACAGCUUCAUUAAAGUCCGUCAGUUUCUCUUCAGCAUGAUCGGAGCAUUUGAUGUCAUCAACCGUGAUGGCAUGCAGGUGUCUUUUGUGCAGUACAGUGAUGAAGCUAAAACUGAGUUCAAACUGAACACCUACCACGACAAGGGAAUGGUGCUGUCCGCCCUUCAGAUGGUCAAAUACAGAGGAGGAAACACCAAAACAGGUGCUGCGCUGAAGCAUAUCGGAGACAAAGUGUUCACAUCAGACAGUGGUAUGAGGAGAACCGUUCCCAAGGUUCUGGUCGUAGUAACUGACGGCCGUUCUCAAGAUGAUGUGAAGAAGAGUGCUGCUAAACUACAGCAUGCAGGCUUCAGUGUGUUUGUGGUGGGUGUCGCAGACGUAGACACCGCUGAACUCAGGAACAUUGGAAGCAAGCCCAGCGAGAGACACGUCUUCAUCGUUGAUGACUUUGACGCGUUUACUAAGAUCCAAGACAACCUCAUUACAUUCAUCUGUGAAACGGCAACAUCCACUUGUCCUUUGAUUUACCUCGACGGAUUCACAUCCCCAGGCUUCAGGAUGCUGGAAGCCUUUAACAUCACUGACAAGACGUUUGCUGGCAUGAACGGCGUCUCCAUGGAGUCUGGCUCCUUCAACAGUUACAUUGCAUACAGACUCCAUAAGGAUGCAUUCAUUUCCCAGCCCACAAAGGAAAUCCAUCCAGAUGGUCUUCCUCCCGCAUACACUCUGAUUCUCCUCUUCCGUCUCCUCCCCGACACCGGCAAGGAUGCAUUUGAUAUUUGGCAGAUAUCAGAUAAGAACAACAACCCUGAGGUCGGGCUCACCAUUGACCCCUCCAGUAGAAUCAUCUCAUUCUACAAUAAGGACUCCAGAGGUGAAAUUCAGAAAGUCUCCUUUGAUAACGACCGAGUGAAGAAAGUUUUCCACGGCAGUUUCCACAAGCUUCACAUUUCUAUUUCACCGAAAAAUGUCAAACUCAACAUUGACUGCCAAGAGGUGGCUGAGAAAGAGAUCAAAGAGGCCAACAACAUAUCCACAGAUGGCUAUGAAGUCCUUGGAAAAAUGGCAAAGUCUGGCGGUUCAAGGAAGCAGUCAGCCACAUUCCAGCUCCAGAUGUUUGAUAUUGUCUGCAGUUUGGGCUGGACAAGUCGAGACAAAUGUUGUGAUAUUCCAGCAAUGAGAGAUGAAGCCAAAUGUCCCGCUCUUCCUCACUCCUGCACAUGUGCUCAGGACAGCGUUGGUCCUCCAGGCCCCGCGGGCCCUCCGGGCAGCCCUGGUACAAAAGGCCCACGAGGUGAGAGGGGAGAGUCUGGCCCCACGGGUUCAAUGGGCCCACGUGGGGAGCAGGGUCUGCCAGGACAAAUGGGACCACCAGGUCCACAGGGCCCUAAUGGACUGUCUCUUCCUGGUGAACCAGGGCGGCCUGGACCUAAGGGAGACUCCGGUGACCCAGGUUUACUUGGACAGCGGGGCUCGAUUGGCGCUCCAGGUCAGCUCGGCCCUGUUGGACCUUCUGGAGCAAGGGGUCCACCAGGAAAUGAAGGCCCGUCUGGACCAAGGGGUCCAUCGGGACCAAUGGGACCACCAGGAUCACCUGGAAUGCCAGGAAUUACAGGAAAAUCAGGAAAACCUGGAGACUCUGGCCUCUCGGGACCUGUUGGCAUGAAAGGAGAGAAGGGUGAAAGGGGAGAUACUGCGUCACAGAAUAUGAUGCGCUCUGUAGCAAGACAAGUCUGCGAACAACUAGUCAGCAGACAAAUGAGCAGGAUCGACAUGAUGCUGAACCAGAUCCCCAGUAACUACAGGAGUAAUAGUCCCGGUGUAAUCCUGUCAGAUCGUAAUACCGAUCUGGUUUCGUCCAUUAAAAGGCGAAGUAAAGGAUGCUUUCUUACACCUCCUCUCUUUCCAGGGCCACCGGGGCAGUCUCAGAUAGGACCCCCUGGUCCCUCAGGCUCAGCGGGGCCCCGGGGCCCACCAGGGCAGCAGGGUGGACCCGGAGUCAGAGGACCACCAGGACCUCCAGGAUACUGUGACUCCUCUCAGUGUGUAGGCAUCCCUUACAAUGGACAGGGUUACCCAGGCCCCUACCAGCCAGAACCUGACACCUUCGUAGUGCCCAUGCCAGCCCAGCUGUCAGAAGAUAUCGAGACACAGUCACCAGGUUUACGAAACCAGCGUGGAAAAAGAUCGCCAUCAAGAAAGGAAGCUAAAAAAAUUUAAACAUAGAGUGAAAGUGUAUCUUCUGUACUGUCAAAAACUGCAUUUAAGUCCAAAUCAAGCCUUGUUCAUUGCACAUUUAGCACAGUCGAGUGGAUUUCCUCGUAAGAAACCUGUGUGUUUGCCGACGGUUCCACAAUGUGUCUUUGCUUGUAACAUAAAACUGCAUUUUGCAUUUGUAACAAACUCCUGUUCAGUACUAUGUCCUAUAAACACUACGAACUGAUUCCUUGCACAUUUGAAAGUUUGCAGAGUGUAAACGUGCUUGCUGCAGUGCAACGUGUUGUUGUUGUUGUUCUUUCUCUCUCAAGGGAAAUGGCAAACGGUUCCCUUAAUUCUUAGACCUGGCUUUUGUUUUGUUAUCCUAAUCCGAAUAUUUAUCUGUUGUAUACCAACUCACACCAAAAGAAGAAUUGCAUGCCUGUGUUGUAUAUUUAGUAAGGACGUUUACAAUCAGAAUAUAGUUGUUUUUCCAGUGAUAUCAGUUGAAAUGCAGUUGGAAUUUGUUGCAAGUCUACGGACAUAGAAUAGUUUUUUUCAUGUCUGAAUUGCACAUUGUGAAUUCCACAGCCUUAUGUUCUUAUUUAUUUCUGAAUCAGAAGAGGCAUUUUUCAAUAAAACUACUGAAAAUG